GAAAGUGACAGCGAGCGGCGGCGGAGGAGCUGGGUCGGGAACUGGACAGGAACUGGUCAGGAACUCGGGAACUGGACGGGAACUGGUGAGGACGCCAGUGAAGGAAUCCCAAAACUUUUUUCCAAGCACACAGUGCAGCGGUCUGCUCACUCUUUCAGUUUUAUCACCGAACGUGAAAACAACACCCCCGCCUCUGUCCCGUAUCUGCCCGCGGUGAAGUAAAUGCAAACGACCGCCUGGAGGUAAACAAAAAAAAAAAAAAAAAAAGGAAAAAAAGAGGAAACUUCCGGGAGGGGGAAACUUAGGGAAGGAUGAGCUGCAUCCCUCCCUCCAAACUUCAGCUAAGGUGGCUAACGUUAGCUUGCUAGCUUUGAAGUGGAAGUUUGGACAAACUUUUGUGUGGCGUUAAUGAACUAACUUAGCUGUUCCGUGCCGUGCCGUGCCGUGGCGGAGAGAGGUGUGCAGGGAGCAGGGAGGGAAUAGUCGCAGCGAGCCGCUCUCAUCCUCGGCUCGGUGGCGUUGUAGCCGGGGCAGGUCACAGAGUCCAGCUAGUGGGGUUUUUUUUAGCCAGGCGGUGCUAGCUGAGUGAGGUGAAGCACAAGUUAAGAGAAAUGACACGACACACUUCUCGUUUAGCUCCACCAUGAACGGGCUGCGGUGCUUUAAGGGAACCCCGUGUGAGAUUUGACCCGCCGAGGUGCUCCAGGAGACGAGAAGAGACGAGGGGGGACGAGCAGCUACGACCAUGGUUUCCAUCUCACGAGGAGGUAAAAAUAUGAGAGCUGGAUGAACUGCUGCUCACUGACACUGCUGACCUGGUGACUCUGUCUUGGACAACUUUUAAAAUCGCUUUGGCUUUCAAAGAAGCUGGGUUUGGAUCACUUUGGAUGUUAAAGCCACUCAUCAUCAGUAUCACCAUUUUUUUUUGUUUACUUUUUGAAUUCAUCCUUUUUUUCUGUCCCUGCACUUUUUUUUUUUUUUUUUUAUCAUCAAGUCUUUCUCGGGGAGCAUCUUUCACUUUGUUAUGAUCGUUUAUCAUCGACCGCGACCAGAGGGCCCGCGUCUUGGGUGAAGUCGAGGGUGCUAUGAUGAAAGUGACGGUGACUUUUGGGCAGACGGGCGUGGUGGUGCCCUGCAAGGAGGGGUGGACGGUGAGGGACCUCAUCCAGCAAGCCACGCAGAGAUACAGGAAACUCCUGGAGCAGGAAGGAGAUUUCCUGGUUCGCACUCAUCACGUUGAAUACUGUGACGGGGGGAUUCUGGACCCGGAUGAUGUACUCAGUGAUCUGGUGGAAGACAAGGACAAGCUCAUGGCGGUGUAUGAGGAGCAGGAAGCCCAGCAGAGGGGUGUGGCUAACACCAGCAUGGCCCCCAGCCCUGACCUCUUCCAAGCUGAGCUCUCUGUUUUCCAGCCAAUCACAGGAGGAGAGAUUGAAGUCAAUUCCUCAGCCCUCAAGUCCAACACGCCCCUACUGGUGAGAAGCAGCAGUGACUCAGCCCUGAGCCCCCAGACGACAGAGGCCGAGUCCUCGUUCAACGAAGACGCCACUGUAAUGGCGGCCGGUCCCGCUGUGGAGAGGCCGGCAGGGGUGGACCGAGCCCAAGGCAAACACAACUUCAAUGGCAGCCUGACCAGGACGGUGGAGAUCCUGGGAGAGGGCAGCCCCUUGGGUAUCCAUGUGGUUCCCUACAGCUCAUCGCUCAGUGGACGGUCUCUUGGUCUGUAUAUCCGCGGAGUGGAGGAAGAGAGUCGGUCCCGAAAAGAGGGCCUGUUUCAAGAGGAUGAGUGCAUUGUGAGAAUCAACAACACCGACCUGAUGGACAAGACGUUCAGCCAAGCCCAGGACGUGUUUCGUGUGGCGAUGCGUUCCCCGGUCGUGCGUUUGGAAGUGGUGCCCUCCUCCAACAGAGAGCGCUAUGAGAAGACUCUGAUCGGUCAGCUCCUUUGCAACAACGCCGGUCCUAACAGCAGCCCCCGAAUGGCGAAGACCAAAGAGCCGCCUCCUCCUGUCAAAGCCAAACCUGUAUUUAAGCCCUCGGAGAAUCUAACCACGCGAGCGGCGGAGGAAGCUGAACCUGCUGUCGGUACCCACAAGGGGAGGAGCGAGAGCCCCCACCUUAAGAAGAACCCUCCCCUCACCAGCUUGGUGGCCAAUAAGAAAGGAGGACGGAGGCUGAAGAUUGACUUAAAGAAAGGUUCAGAGGGCCUUGGAUUUACCGUAGUAACCAGGGAUUCUUCAGUACACGGCCCCGGUCCCAUUCUCGUCAAAAACAUUCUGCCGCGUGGAGCCGCCGUCAAAGAUGGACGCCUGCAGUCCGGAGACCGCAUACUGGAGGUGAAUGGCGUGGAUAUCACAGGCGUGGGCCAAGAGGAGCUGGUGUGCAUGCUCCGCAGCACGCGGCAGGGAGAGAGCGUGUGUCUCGUGGUCCUGCGACAGGAAGACAUGUUCCUGCCCAGAGAAAUGAAGGAAGAGGUGUCCCGUGCGAUGGGCGUCGUCGCGGAGAACGGGAAGGAGCAGCUCAUGUUUGAGGUGCCCCUGAACGACACGGGCUCAGCGGGUCUUGGCAUCAGCCUCAAAGGGAACAAGUCCAGAGAGACGGGGGAGGAUCUGGGAAUCUUCAUCAAAUCCAUCAUACACGGAGGCGCCGCGUACAAGGAUGGGCGUCUGCACGUCAACGACCAGCUGGUAGCCGUGAACGGGGAGUCGCUGCUGGGACGCUCCAAUCACGUGGCCAUGGAGACGCUCCGCCGCUCUAUGUCUCAGGAGGGGAACGUCAGGGGCAUGAUCCAGCUAGUGGUGCUGAGGGCCUUGAAGGAUCAACAUGGGGUGUCACCGAAUCGCUCAUUUGACGGCUCCUCGGGCCUUUCAGGAGUUGUGAGCCCAGUCAACGGUCAGACAGGAUUAUACAGUCAAGGCAUGGACCACACUCACCCUCCCUUAGUGACCAACAGUAUCUACGCAUCUAAUGUGACCAAUGGAAGUUACUCUCACAUGGACGAGGAAGAGGAAGGGGUGAUGUAUGGAUACGACACCGAGUACAACAGCUCCAUCCAACACUCCUAUCUACAGGAAAGGGAAAGCUCUCACAUCUCAUGCCCGGCCCAGCCCCAGUCUCCCUCCCAGAGCCAGAGCCAGAGCCAGAGCCAGAGCCAGAACCAGCGUCAGUUCCAGCACGUCAAAGCCUCCAAGAGCAUGGACCUGGGUACGACUCAGAGCCAGCAUCACACUGUGGCAGACGAGAGCAACGUCGGGUCCCUGGUUGAGAACACCGCAGCUCCGCCGACCCCUGUGGAACUCGGCCCUACCCUCGGCUUGAAGAAGUCCAGUUCGUUGGAGAGCCUCCAGACGGCCAUGUCGGAGGUCAACAAGAAAAACGAACUCCUCCCGUUCCACCGCCCUCGCCCAAAUAUGGUCAGGGGAAGAGGCUGCAACGAGAGCUUCAGAGCAGCUAUUGAUAAAUCCUAUGAUGGGCCAGCUGAAGAUGAUGACGAUGACUCGGAACCGAGCUCGGGCCGGGACACCCCCGCGAGCAGCUCCUCCCGGCAGGGUGUCGGCGAUCAGCCGGGGGAGAAAGGCAAGAAAGACAAGAAAAAGAAAGCGAUAACGAAGAAGAAAGAGAAGAACAAGGGGAAAGCGAAAGAAAAAGAGAAGAAGAAAGCAGAGGAGCCCGAGGAGACGGAAAAGAAGAGCAAAAAGAUAGGCUUCGGGCUGCUGAGGUUCGGAAAGAAAAAGGAGGAGAAGAAGGAGGCAAAGGCGGCUCUGCAGCGCCAGAAGUCGGACCUUCUCAGCGAUGUCGAGUUUGAGCGGAUGAGGGAGGAAAGAGAAAGAAUUGAAGCAGGGCAUCCUGAACUGCGAGAGCAGAAAUCCAGAGACCAGCAGGGCGGCGGGUCAGCGUAUCCAGAUUUCGAGGAUGACGACGACCCCAACUACGCCCGCAUACAGUCCUUCAGGGAUCGAGAUGUGGGCUCACCGCCGCAGCUGCCGUCUCAGUCGCCGCCCUACAGUACGGUUCAGCGCACCCACGUCCGCACACCUUCCCCUCAACGCCCCUCUGGCUUUCCAGGACACGGAAAUCACACCAACGAACCAGGAGCGCUCCCUGACGACGACCCCCUGGACAGGCUGUACGCCAAAGUCAACAAGCCGAGAGGAGCUGGCGCCACAUCUCCCUCUGGUCCUCCUCCUGCUAAUGACAGCAUGGACAGGAUCCAGCAGCUAAGAAGAGAGUACCAGCAAGCACGGAGAGAAGGGAUAGUCCCUCCUUAUGAAGACCUGGACCCACGACGCAGAGGCCAUGAAAACGACCCGCACAGGAUGCCAGGCAGAGGGCCAGACCAUCGGCUGACGCCGCGCUACGAAGAGGUGGAGCGUCAGUACGCCUCCUUACCAAGACGGGGUCCGCCGGAUCCGGCUGAUUACCCCAUGCAGCCGUGGUCGGGUCAUUACCCCGGGCCGCCCCCUGCCCAGCAUGGAUACCCGCAGUCCCCGUCCUACCCCAACCCCAGCUCUCAGUCUGGCCCGUCUUACUCCAGCUACCCACCCGGCCAGCCGUACCCACGGCCAGGGGACCCUCGAGGCAUCGACCCCGGCUACUACCCCCACCCAAGCUCUCAGCAGAGAGGGCCCCUGCGGCAGGAUGUGCCCCCAUCCCCUACCCCUCCCCUUCGUGGACUGCGGUACGACACUAUGACACGUGGAACCGGGGGUGGAGGGUACAGGUAGGGGCGAAUGGUGGAGGAAGGCGAUUCCAGGCCCCCGGUGGAGCCCAGUACGGACCAGUAUGUCUUUACUGGGCAGUGAAGAAGACAGCAACACCAAACCAACCCAAGACAGAAUAAUGGCUGGACUGCAGCUGUGUAGACAGAACAGGUCCAGAGAUGAAACUGAGCAGAAUAUUUCCUGGUUCAUAUUGUGCAUCUCUUCUGCUUUCAGUGCUCCACAGUCACAAAGAGUUGAAACCUCUUAAUGGUGCAAUUUGAAUCACCGUCAUUAUCAACCACUGUCUGAAGUAUAUGAUAACACGCAGACAAGCAAGGUAGAGGAGGUUAAUUAUACAGAGCCCAGCGUCAUUUAAAUUGUUUUGAAUCUUCCCAGAGUGUAAAAUUAGCAGAGUUUUUUACUUUUUCUCCACUCCCUGAUUGUUCCCUCGGUGGAUCAGUCAGAGCCACCAAGGUAAUUGGCUCCAUUUGAAUUAAGCUCCUACAGACGUACGUACAGCUCAGCUCACUCUCAUAUCUGCUGCUACGGCAAGACAAAAAGUCAAAUAUCCAUAAAAUACAAAACACUAUUAUAUUGUUGUAAUAAAACCAAAUUUAUUCCCGCGGUUUAUGUUUAUAAAAAUGUGACUGCAAGGCUUUCGAGACUCCUCUUGGGUGUUACUUGAGAGGGCGAGGGGAAGAGUGAGAAUGAUAAUGUGCUCCAAAGCUGCCUGGAUAACAGCAAAUUAGCUGUAGCUAUUUCUGUUGAAAUGAGAGCCACCAUAACGUUACCAUUAACAUUAUGAAACAGUAUAUCUAUCCACGUGUAAUUGCUGGAAGACGUUGAGAGUUUGGGUGAUAUUUACAGUUUGUUAAAUAAAGUACUCGUUAUGAGUCUCAAUUUGCCAAACGGGGAGAACGCCACUACACUGUACCAAUGUAAAUGUAAAGCAGCUCAUGACUAAUGAUGUUUGACAUAUUGGUUUGUCAGUGAAUUAUCAACACUGAAUGAAUCUCCUUUCUGUGUAAUGAUGGGCUUUUAAUGAUUCCACGACUGCUAAACCAAAACAGCAGAAGAGUUGAGGCGAAACCACGUCUGGCUGUAGCACUUAGGAGUGACCCUGUGCGUUAAAGUCAACAUUUCAAACCACUUAAGCAAUACGUCUCAAACUGACCUUCGUCUAAACGUACAUGUCAGGGUGUGUUAGCAAUACUGGAUUUACAUUAGCUUUUGAAUAUUUUAAAAGGCCGCACGUCAUCUGUGUUGUCAACCUGUUGAACCGGGUUCAAAGCGGACGAAGUUUUUAACCACUUUCUGGUUGUCAAACAUUAAAUUCAGCUGAAAACACAGGGCAACCACAUUUAGUUCAUAUCAACGUAGAAACACCGACAAUCUGGAAGAAGCUCCGUUAUCAACAAGACGGACAUUUUUAAUAACGCCGACGCAUGCUGUCAGAUUACAUCCCAGUCACAACAAUGCACGUUUUUCCUUUGCUGAAGGCAAUUUAUACAGCAAAUCAUCUCUUUAACAUGGCUACAUAAUGCAGGACAAGAACAUGACAGAUGAAAAUAGCAAAAACCCAGUAAUGGUGGGACAUCUUACACCAGUGCCUGUACUAGAGUUGAACUUCCUAAGAGAACGCACUGGAGCAGAUAUACUGUGUUACUUGUGCCAUACGCUGGCUGUGGUUCAGAUGUGAAGGACAUCUCUGUGACCUGACAGGCAUCGAGCCCUGUUCAAACACGAAGUGAAUAUCAGAGGGCUGUCAGUGUUGUCAGUGCUGCACCAUUUACGUAGUAGAUCCAUUAAGCCACUUACUGCAGCGUCUGUUAACUGUGGCUGAGUGUUUCUGUGUUUUACUCCACUAAGCUCUGCAGUAUUAAUGAUAUAAUAACAGAGAUUAAAUGUUUAAAAUGACAUUUCAGGACUUAAAGUUGAUGUGGCUGAGGAUGAAAUCCCACUGAAACAGGAGCAAACAAAUGUAGAGUAGAUUUGUUUUCUUGGACUUGGCUGGAUUUUGAUUGGAGACAGGAAGGAAGAAGGAAGGGAAGGGGGCAUAGGAAGUUGUGCUUUAAAAAAAUAUUAUAGGAGGCAAGAAAGAAAGAAAGAAGUGAGUGCAUAUAGAGAGGCAAAGAAGGGAAAAAGAAGAGAAUGUUGAUAGGAAAGAGGGAUGAGAGAAUCAUGUAAUGGAAGAUAUUAUUAUGACCGAUAAAUGCAGUGCAAAGGACCCAAAGUCUUUGUGGUCCUCAGCGGUUUGGUUGAAAGGAUUUUCAUAGCGAAAGAAAGAAUGUUCAUAAAAACGUGUGCAGCCUCAGUUCUUCAGUGGGAGGAGGGUUACAGGAGUGGGUUGUAUCGACUGAAUGUAGUGACUUCGAGAAUUACUCAUAAAUAUUUUUUUAUACUGUUAUCACUUUCAACACUAGGCUGGUGUUUCAAAUCAAACGUGUUGUGUGUUUCUGAAAUUGCAACAACACACUGACCUGAUGGUCAACUCACUUGUCGAGAGGACACCAAAAUCAUUCACGUCCCUCCGCAUCAUUUACUCUUUGCUCAAAGCUCAGAUUGUACCAGGCCAGAGCCUGCUGGCGUUAAAGAAUUAUUUUAAUAGUGGCUGUUUGCUCAAACAACUUCACAAAUUGCUUCAUGUGUUUGGUCCACAAACAAUACACCUACAUAGUCAUGUCCCCAACCUUGAUAAACCAUGGUCUUGCCCAAAGACUGUCCAACCAACAAUUGCUGGACAUAUUCGCCACGGUAAUAACCAGUAGCACAACUAAUAGUUUAGGUUUUAUCCAAACAUACUUUACAUCUAGUGGUAAUAAGUUGCUGAACCUCCAUGUAUACACAGCACUGAUACACCCAGUAGUAGCUGGAAGGAGGCCAGGAGUUAGAUGUAGCUCUUUGACUCUGUCCCAUACGAUAGAGAUUCCUUACAUUGUUAUUUAGAUGUUACAUCCUUACUGCAGGUCAAAUGGUCAGUUUUAAAGUGGUAGUUGAAGUAUUCCUAAUAUCCUAAUAGUGUUGUAAAUGGUAAAAUGUGUACGUGCAAUAUAGAAAACAGCAUGCCUUCUGUCUGCUUCAGUUAUGAGUGACUUGUUCGAUCAUAGUUACCUGUUCGUUACAAUAUGCUUAGCUUUGAGCACAGAGCCCCAGAGGAAAUGAUUCCCCGGAGAUGAUGCGAAUCGUUUUGGUGUCGUCGUUCCACACGAGCACGGAGGUUUCCUCAGCUGCUGGGUCACCAGACUGAGAUGCGAGACCUUCCAUGAACGUGUAUUUCUGUUACUCUCUGAUGCUACUUCACAUUUCCCAUGUAUGUAACCCUUCACGAGCAUUUAUCGUUUAUCUGUGUCUUUUAACGGUAGUCGUGGGUGUGGGUUGAGCGGGCCGAACCGGAGCUUCACAGUGUUUGGCCGGUGUUGCCGUGCUGCUGUUAGAACGAGGUACGAAGGCGUGAAAGUUGUUGAUUUCUGUAUGCAAUCCACAUUAAGCAAACUAACUGCACAAGCCAUUUUUAACUUACUUUUUAAAAAAGGGCAAAAAAAAAAAAAAAAAAGUUAUGAAAAAAUAAAUGCAUAGUGAAACUGUGGCAUGGUUAACCUGGCAAACAACCUGUAAGGCUCUUCGGUUUUUAACGGUAUUAAAUAAAUUGCACAAGUUGAAGGUACU